UUUUUCCCUGUUCUAUAUUCAGUUGAACAGGUUCCUGUAGAACCAUACAACAUUCCCCUGUCCCAGGCCGAAGUCAUUCAGGAAGGGAGUGACGUGACUCUAGUUGCCUGGGGCACUCAGGUUCAUGUGAUCCGAGAGGUAGCUUCCAUGGCUCAAGAGAAGCUGGGAGUGUCUUGUGAAGUCAUUGAUCUGAGGACUAUACUACCUUGGGAUGUGGAUACAGUUUGCAAGUCUGUGAUCAAAACAGGGCGACUGCUAAUCAGUCAUGAGGCUCCCUUGACAGGCGGCUUUGCAUCAGAGAUCAGCUCUACGGUUCAGGAAGAAUGUUUCCUGAACCUAGAAGCUCCUAUAUCAAGAGUAUGUGGGUAUGACACACCGUUUCCUCACAUCUUCGAGCCAUUCUACAUCCCAGACAAAUGGAAGUGUUAUGAUGCACUUCGAAAAAUGAUCAACUAUUGACUGUAUUGAACAACUGGAAGAUUGUGACUAGAUAUGGAAAUAUUUUUCUGAAAAUCCUUCUUAUUUCCUCAGACUUCUCUCUUCUUGAAAAUAGAGUUUUUAUGAACUGAACCACAUUGGAUAAUGGCUGAAAAUUUUUAAUUAGUUAUUGUAUUAACACAUAUGAAUUGAUGAUUUCCAUUAAGAGUAUCUCAGAUUAACUUUUUAAAAUGCUUCACUUGUAGUCUUAUAAAUUCCAUCAAAUUACAUCUGUAAAUACUGGGCAUGGGGUAGUAUUCAAUAAAGCAAAAUCAGAUUCU